UCCAGUGAUAGACAUCAUGAGCAUCGAUCUACGCAAUGCAGAAACAGUCCGCGAGUCUGACUACGCCGUUCUGUAAGUGGCCUCUUUGGACACACAAUGGUUGCUCUAAGAACAAUUUUCCAAACUGCCCUUAAUCUUCACGAAUAUUGACCAUGGACCUGGCGUGCUCCCACGAUGUCAUCUCGCUAUUAUACACACAACGAGAGUACCGAUUACGUAAUUAGUUCAACAGUCUUACAUUCACAACGUCCUACAGAGCAGUAGCUGUUUUAUUGAUCUGGUCAAUGUUGUUUCCACAGUGAACAUCACAACUCUGCGACUGAUGCAAGUUGGAAGUCGUGUGAGAGGCAGUUUAUGUUGACACGGCCACUGAGACGUGAUGGCAGCUCCACAACUGAUAUUUUCCUGCUUUGUCAUACACAUGUGGCUUUCUCCAACCGAAGGGAAUAACUGGUUACGGAGCACGGACAUGAUACAUUCCUUUCUCGAAGGACCUUUAGUGUGGACCGCAAAAGUUAUGAACAAAUUUCAGUGUGAAAAUCUUUGUGCGAAAUUGAAGUUAUGCAGUUCGGCAAAUUAUGAUCUAGAGACAAGGUUGUGCCAAACAGUGGGUUCAUCAGCGAAAUCCCCUCAACAUACAGAAGGCAUUAUUCGUCUGAAGGAACCUAGGCAGUUUCCCCGAGACAACCCCUGUGCUUCACACCCCUGCCCGGAAACGUCUGUUUGCGCUACCGUUACGCCCCCUUUUGGACGCAGUUGCCUUGGUAUUGUUCUAGAAGCCGACUGUUCCGCUCCGGACCCCCUCGAAAACGGAAACUUUACUUUUACGGACACAAAAUACAAGUCAGUCCUCAUCUACAACUGUGAUGUAGGUUACAACUUCAGCGGUGACAACAACAUCGCAAUGUGCGGCACGCUUGGGCAGUGGAAGGGCUUCAGCGGAAAAUGUGAAAUAAUUGAUUGUGAGGACCCUGUUCCCCUCCUGAAUGGCAGACCGUCCUACACCCUCACUACGUAUGGUGAAAACGUCACCUUCUCCUGCGACAUCGGAUACAACUUCAGCGGCAGCGACAACGUUGCAACGUGUGGAAGUAGUGGACUCUGGGAAGGCUUCAAUGGUCAAUGUGAACAAAUCACCUGCACUGCGCCAGAUGCACUCGACAACGCUAACCACUUCUUCAACAACAGCACCUACGGAGCAGAGGUAAUUUACAACUGCAGCACCGGGUACAACUUCACAGGAGACAGCAACGUAGCGACGUGUUCUACCUCGGGGAGAUGGGAGGGGCUGGAUGGACAAUGCAACCUCAUCGACUGCGGACCGCCUACUAUUCUUAACAAUAGCACUACUGCAUCAACCUCAACGACGUACGGAUCAGUUGCCGACUACACCUGCAACAUCGGCUACAACUUCUCCGGCAGUAGCGACAGAGCCUCUUGUAACGCUGAUGGCUUCUGGGGUGGCCUUAUGGGACUUUGUCAAAUUGUUGACUGCGGCGUCCCCGGCGAAGUCGCUCACGGCAACGUGGUCUACGAUGGGACUACGUACGCAUCUGUAGCCGUGUACACGUGCAACGUGGGCUACAACUACAGCGGCAUCGUCGAGGGUGCCACGUGUGAUCACAAUGGGCUGUGGCAGGGCCGUGGGAUGUGUCAAAUUGUAGAUUGUGGGACACCUCCUGAUGUUGUGAACGCCAACAGCACCUACACCACGACGACAUUCACAGCAAACGUCACUUAUGAAUGUCGCACAGACUACGUCUUCACGGGCACGACGUUAACCUCGUCAUGUACGGAGACGGGGAUUUGGAUAGGAAUGAACGGUCUUUGUGUGGAAUACUUUGUAAAUAUUGCGGCCAACAAGACAGCGACACAGUUCAGUACCUACGGAUCGUCAACAGCCGACAGGGCUCUCUCUGGCCACUGCGCUGAUGGAAACCAUGUGAAUCAGCCAUGGUGGAAAGUGGAUUUUGGCAGAGACUUCGUGAUUGACCAUAUGAGAGCAUCGCUGAGAUCAGAUUGUUGUUCAUCCCGAAUGUCAACUUUGACCCAUGUCCUUGAAUCAGCCAAUGGAAUGUCAAGUACAACGUGCCCGAAGACUUCCGGUUCAAUCACUGCGGGCAGCGUACUUCGGUACAACUGUGUAGGGACUGGCAGUUUCCGUUAUUUGACGUUCAGACUGACGGUGUAUAGUGCUAUGACUCUAUGUGACGUCAGAGUGUAUAUCAUCAACCCGCUUCUCUGAGAAUGUUGACACACACCCCAGUGCAUGUACAAGGUUGAACGUUCAUCAUAUUCACAUGAUUUACUCUGGUGUCAUCUAUUUUCGCGUUACGAAUUGUAUAUGCCGUCGCCAGAUAUCUUUUGGAAAAUACUUUCUCAUCUGAAGCCUUCUUUAAAAAUAAAAAUGAUCAGCUA